GACCCCCCUUCCCCCCCCCGCCCCCGUUUCCCGGCACCAUGCGGGGGUCCCCCCCGGCACGGCGCUGCCCGCCCUGCUGGGGGCUGCUGCUGGGGCUGAGCGCGCCCGGCCGGGGCCAGCUGCACGGCGAGAAGGGCAUCUCCAUCCCCGACCACGGCUUCUGCCAGCCCAUCUCCAUCCCGCUCUGCACCGACAUCGCCUACAACCAGACCAUCAUGCCCAACCUGCUGGGCCACACCAACCAGGAGGACGCGGGGCUGGAGGUGCACCAGUUCUACCCGCUGGUCAAGGUGCAGUGCUCGCUGGAGCUCAAGUUCUUCCGCUGCUCCAUGUACGCGCCCGUCUGCACGGUGCUGGAGCAGGCCAUCCCGCCCUGCCGCUCCAUCUGCGAGCGUGCCCGCCAGGGCUGCGAGGCCCUGAUGAACAAAUUCGGAUUCCAGUGGCCGGAGCGGCUGCGCUGCGAGAACUUCCCCCGGCACGGGGCCGAACAGAUCUGCGUGGGGCAGAACCACUCGGAGGACGGCGGCUCACCGGCACUGCUCACCAGCGCCACGCCGCCGGGGCCAGGGCACAGCCGGGCGCCCCCCGCUAACGCCACCCUCGACCACCCCUUCCACUGCCCGCGGGCGCUGAAGGUGCCAGGCUACCUCAACUACAAGUUCCUGGGCGAGAAGGACUGCGCGGCGCCCUGCGAGCCCGCCCGCCCCGACGGCCACAUGUUCUACGAGGACGAGAUCCGCUUCGCCCGCAUCUGGAUCCUCAUCUGGUCCGUGCUGUGCUGCGCCUCCACCUUCUUCACCGUCACCACCUACUUGGUGGACAUGCAGCGCUUCCGCUACGCCGAGCGGCCCAUCAUCUUCCUCUCGGGCUGCUACACCAUGGUGUCGGUGGCCUACAUCGGCUUCGUGCUGGAUGAGCGUGUGGUCUGCAACGAGCGCUUCCAGGAGGACGGCUACCGCACGGUGGUGCAGGGCACCAAGAAGGAGGGCUGCACCAUCCUCUUCAUGAUGCUCUACUUCUUCAGCAUGGCCAGCUCCAUCUGGUGGGUCAUCCUCUCCCUCACCUGGUUCCUGGCCGCCGGCAUGAAGUGGGGCCACGAGGCCAUCGAGGCCAACUCGCAGUACUUCCACCUGGCCGCCUGGGCCGUGCCAGCCGUCAAGACCAUCACAUCCUGCAUGGGGCAGAUCGACGGGGACCUGCUGAGUGGCGUCUGCUUCGUGGGGCUCAACAACAUCGACCCGCUGCGGGGCUUUGUGCUGGCCCCGCUCUUCGUCUACCUCUUCAUCGCACCUCCUUCCUCGCUGGCUGGCUUCGUCUCCCUCCGCAUCCGCACCAUCAUGAAGCACGGCGGCACCAAAACCAGAAGCUUUGAGCGGCUGAUGGUGCGCAUCGGCGUCUUCAGCGUCCUCUACACCGUGCCGGCCACCAUCGUCAUUGCCUGCUACUUCUACGAGCAGGCGCUUGCGAGGCACGGGGAGCGCAGCUGGAAUCAGCCAGAACUGCAGAGCCUGCCCAUCCCCUGCCCGCGUGUCCACUUCACGCGCAUGAGCCCGGACUUCACCGUCUACAUGAUCAAGUACCUCAUGACUCUCAUCGUGGGCAUCACCUCGGGCUUUUGGAUAUGGUCGGGCAAAACCCUGCACUCGUGGAGGAAGUUCUACACGCGGCUCACCAACAGCAAGCAGGGCGAGACGACGGUGUGACCACGGCCCGCCGCUCGCCCGGGGCUUCCGUUUAUUGGGGGGAUUUUUAUUUUUAGAUUUAUUAACGUCUAAGGGGUGUCUCUCAUCUCUCUUUGAUUUUUUUUUUUUUGUAAUUAAACCUGUAAAUAGCA